AAAAUGGACAACGAUUCCCCUUACGAAUUUGACUUUGAUGAGGAUGUGGAGCAGGUGGAUAAGAAGGAGAAUGGUGAUUUUGAGAAGGAGGAGAGAAUGAAGGUGAAAUUAGGGUCGAAGGAGGGAGAGAAGGAUAGAGAAGAGAUGGAUAGUAUGAAGCAGUUGAGUGGAGUGAAGUCUAAGGAAUUGAAAGAAAAGGACAGAAGUAGCGAAAAAUAAUAGUAUAACAGAAAAACCAGCUGCGGACAUGAAAAGCCAGAAGAGUCAGAAGAGCCACAAAAGUGAGGGUAAGAAGGAAGAUAAAUCACUUUCUUCGAUAGAAGAUUCCAAAGCUCAGACAAUUAACAAAAAAGAUAAUUUAAAACUACCUCCUCAAGGGUCCACCUCAAAACCGAAAAGAACUAAGUCACCGUUAUUAGUUAAUAAAUCAAAAUCUGCUUAUCCGUCUCUGCUUGGAGGCAAGCACCAGGCUCGUUUUGACAAAGGUGAGCAAGGCAAAGAUGGCCAAACUGACUUAAAGACAGGAAAAUUCUUCAAAAAUCGCAAGCUUUCUCAUUCAAAAAGAAGAUCAGGAGAGAAAGAGACUUUAUAUGAAGAAUCAAUGAAACUAAAAAUUCUCAACAAUACCAUUAAAGAAGAAAACUUGAAGUAUAAGACUCAGAUGCAAAUUCUAGAGAAUGAGCUCGAGAAGCGCGACCAGCUGAUGGAAGACGUCAUUCUCUCCCUAAAUAAAAACCUUAAAUGUAGUGAAUGAGUCUCAAAAGACCCAGCUUCCCCAGUGGACAACAAUAAAUUAAUGGCUAUCCUAAAAUCUUCUCUUACAAAUACCUUGAAGAAGCAGGUGAAAGAUCUUCGUCAAGAACUUUCAGAGCUAAAUAAGGAGAAAAAGGAGAAAAAGUACACUAAAAUAAAUGAAGUCACUACCGAGCUAGAAGUCAUGCAGGAGGAAUGAACUCGACUGAGAGGACUCCUUGAGGAAAGCCUCAAGGCUAAGCCUCAACCUCCAGACGAGAAUAUUGACCACCUUCAAGAGCAGCUCGAUGAAAAAGAUGCUUUGAUAAAGCAAAUGGAGAGCGACAAUGUCGCUCUCGCUCAAGCUUUACAGAGCAAGGAUGAUCUGGCUGAGAAGGCGAAGAAUAAUCAUUCUGACCUGAAAGAGAAAUAUGAUAAGCAGAAGAAGCUGUUAGCAGCUCAGAAGAAGACUAAGAAGAAGUGUAGAGAAUAUCAGAAAGAAAUACUUAAGCUUAAGAAAGAAGCUAAGGAAGAGAAAAGUAAACAUCAGAAAUAUAAAGAAGAGGUUAAUAAGAAGAUGAAGGAUAAAGACUCUGAGAUUCAUAGUCUGAAGCAACAGCUCAGUUAUCAUAAGAAUAAACCUGCCCAGAAUGUCCCGAGUAAGGAUCUCCAAGCUGUUAUGAUGGCUUCAAAGAAAAAGAGUGUAUCUCCAUCCAGGAACACACCUUCUCCAAAGCCAGUGGUUGAGGAGAAUAAGAAGAUUGAAAAGCCUCCAAGUGAGAUAGACGAAAGCAUUGGAAAAGUAUCUAGCAAGAAAUCAGAAAAGAAUAUUGAGGAGGAAGAUGAUGAUUAUUCAGCUCCAAAUUCUAAUCCUAAUAUAAGAGCUGAGAAUAAUCUUGGAACUCCUGUUUCCUCUGCUGCCUCUCUUAAAUCUGAGCAACAACCAAAAGAUUCAAAAAAGGAAGAUUUCUCAGAAGUAGAAUCUCUAAAGGAAGAUUCUCCAAAAAGAGAGUCUCCAAAGAUCAGAUCUGGGGAGAAAAAGUCUUCAAAAGGAGAGCCUCGAAAAGCUAGUGCUUCAAAACAGAAAAAGAAAGAUGAAGAAGAAAAGUCUUCGAGCCCGAGUAAGGCUAAAAAGGAGAAGAGGAAGCCUAUCUCUGAGCUAUCUGAUGCUCUCGCUCAGUUGAGGUGCAAGUUGAAUGAAUAUGGGAUAGGAAUCCCUGAACUUAUUGAUACUAUAAUAUUCACAAAUAAUGCAAAGGAAGUCUCUAUUAGUUGUGAGACAUUGGCCAAGAGACUUCAAAGCUUCAUGGCUUACUCGGCUCCACAGGAAAUUGACCAGCUGUGAGUUGAGAUCUGUGAUGGAGAGAAUAAAACUUCAAGGGAUUUGUUAACUAAGAGUAUCACAAGAGAUCUGAGAUUCAAAUAAAUUUGACCAAAAUACAAACACUCAGCUAAAGAUUAUUGAGUUAAUUGAGAACUAUAGAGAAACCUUUGAUGCUGCUAUAGAAUUUGAGGAAGACCAUGAGGGAUGCUUUACUAUUUCAGGACUGAAAGAAGCCCUGACUACUGUAGACCUUCUCUUAUCAGAGCAGCAGUAUGAUUUUCUUAUCUGGCUACUCUACCAAGAGACAAAGGAUGUCCGGAAGCUGAAGAACAUUAAGCUUGUUCAUGAAGAAGUUGCUAAAAAUGUGUCGUUAAGUUCAAUCAAGGAAGAGAAAUCAUCAAAAGAUGGCGUGAGCCAUGAUAAUUCUCCUGUAAAACACCAUGCUGUUGAAGAAAGAUUCUCACCAAAGGAAGAUUCCCACAGUGUCUCUGAUGUCGAUGGCAAAGAAGAUGAUGAUGGUGAUGAUGAAUACAGCGGCUUCGAAGAUCCUAAAGACCAAGAAAGCGACAGAAAACCUAAAAAGAGUACGGCUUCAAAGGAAGUCAAGAAAAAUCAUGAAAAGGAAGAGGAGAACCAAAAUUUAGAUUUUUCUGAUGAUGAGCCAGAAAUAAAAUUCCAAAAGAAAAACAGUGAAAGUUCAGUUAAAUUUAAUGAGACUGAUGACCAGAUUGAUGAACUUAAUAAUUUGGAUAAGGAAUCAGAAUACAAAUAUGAAGAGCCGGAGAAAAGUCUUGACUCAAAACUAUCAGAUAAGGGGAAUAUGGAAGAUAUCAUCAAUAUAGCCGAGGAAGCAUAUGCUAAAAUUGCACAAGGGAUGCUUCUGAGAAACGAGAAUGUGUCCACCCUUUUCAAAGGGAAUAUUAAAGCAACCCGUUUUGGAGAUGAAGAAAUUGAGUAUAUUGCUUAUGAAGAUUUUGAAAAUACUAUCAAGAAUAGUAAUGUUGCUGAGCUGAGCUCUGAUGAACUGAAUGCCGCCUUGAGGAUAACCAAGAAGGAUGGCUUGGAUAAUAAAAUAAAAGCAUCUGACCUCAAAGAUAUCCUAUCUAAUUUUGGGGUAAAUGAAUUCGAUAGGAAUGGAGUUUCCAAUACGAUAGAGGAUGAUAUGAACACUGAAACAGAAGAUCCAAGAAAGAAGAAAAAGAGGCAACUUGAUUUUGAAAAAUUAUCAAAAGAAUCUCUCAAAAUCCUUGCAAUAUUCACUGAUUAUCUGUUGGACACUGAUACUUCAGUCUAUGAGUUCUUUGAUGGCUCAAUCUAUGACCAAAUUGUGCGGACAAAGAACAAACAAAACACAGUUGAAAUAAUAUCUUCGGAGAAUUUCUUUACUCAAAUGAAAGUCAAUGAACAGUUGAUGGAUCUCCUGAGAGCGAAUGAGGUUAGCGAAUUCUUACAAGACGAAACAUGUAUUAAGAAUAUCUCAGAGUUCCUCUGACUUGACCACAACUACACCAAUCUAUUGAUGAUCAAGAAGGUGAUUAAGGCUUUGGAAGAACUUAGUCAUAAUUAAGGGUUACUAAAAUAUUUUUCUUAA